GGACAGAAUCUAUCUAUAAGCUAAUAUCAUAUCGAGAAGUUGUUUGUAGCUAAGUCAGUUGCACCUUUGUGGCAGUACUUACGAGUACAACAAGGGAAGAUAGCUGAUGUUGAUGAGUACAGGAGAAGUUCCCUAUGUACAGGGCUAGACAGCUCUCGGAAGUUUUCUUUUGAUCGUGUUGAGUAUAGGCCUCAUGACGACGACAUCUUGAGAAAAGGAGAUUCCUCACAGAUUUCAAUCAAAGCAGUACAUGACAUACACAGGAGAGACCUGGGGAGAAAAAGAUGCCGGAACAUUAGGUUCUGUCUGGGACCUCGAGGCGAUUUCGGCGGGGUCGGACAGCGAGGGGUGCACACAGUGACUAGCUUGACAGACAAUUCAGGGGAGCCGAGCAAGCACCACGCGGGUACUCUGUGCAAGUCCAUUCAGUCCAUAAUCCAAGGCCUCCGUUCAGAAGACAAGAAUACGAGGGAGAUGGAGUGAAAGCUUUGGCGGAAGAGUGUCUUGAAUCGGACGGGCGGACGGAAGCGCACGGUGGUGAAAGGCGGUUUACCCUGAUGUCGGGAAGGAUUAACAGCGACGUUUUGCGGAGGAGAGAUAGAAAUUUUGUGCUGAGAUGACCCAAGAGGGUGUUUUAGGCAUGAACGUGCAUACCCAAGACCUUGUGGGAAAAAUACCUAUCCGCCGCAAAAGGCAAGAGAACAAACAAGGAUCAGCAACGGAGGAGGCGCUGAUUGGCUAGCGAGUACGAACGUGCAAGGAACAGCUGCAAGUCUCACACUCCAUCGAGGCUCAUCGAGGGUGCUAUAUUUCUCUAUCGGAAUCACGCGAGCCAAAAUGAUAGAUCCAUUUCACGAGCAUAUAAAGCCGCUCAAUAUGCUUCAGGAACAGUGUCCUCUCUUUCUCCUCCCGUCCGCCCGACAAGCAGGUAAACGAGAUGGCAUCCUACGCUGUGGACAAGACUUCGACCAGCAGCACUGAGGAAAAGGUUCAAGAUCAGAGUUACAUACUCGAUGAGAGGCGUCGCGCAGCCCUCGCAGAGAUCGACAAUGCCAAGUUCUCAUGGUUUCAUUUCAAAGUCUGCAUGGUUGCCGGUGUUGGUUUCUUUACCGAUGCUUAUGAUAUCUUUGCCAUCAACAUCGCGUCGACGAUGUUGGGUUAUGUCUACGGACCAGGUCAAAAGCUCACCCCCAAUCAGGAUCUCGGUGUAAAGGUCGCUACGCCAGUUGGUACUUUGGUCGGUCAGCUUCUCUUCGGAUGGCUUGCGGAUCUUCUUGGCCGUAAGAAAAUGUACGGUAUUGAGCUUAUGAUCAUCAUUAUCGCUACUUUCGGUCAAGCUGUCUCCGGUCACGCACCUGCCAUCAGCAUCAUCGGCGUUCUCGUCGUCUGGAGAUUCAUCAUGGGUGUUGGUAUUGGUGGUGAUUACCCGCUGUCUGCAGUCAUGACUUCGGAGUUCGCAUCAACACAUAUUCGUGGUCGUCUCAUGACCGCCGUCUUCGCUAAUCAGGGUUGGGGACAGUUGUCGGCCGCAAUUGUUGCCCUCGUUGUCGUCUCGGCGUACAAGAGUACUCUGCUAAACGAUGACCCAGCCGUUCUCGGGAGCGUAGACCCGAUGUGGCGUAUCCUCAUCGGUCUUGGAUGUGUACCUGGUGUCAUCGCUCUUUACUUCCGUCUGACUAUUCCGGAAACCCCUCGUUUUACCAUGGACAUUGAACGCAACAUCCAGCAAGCCACUAAGGAUGUGCAGACCGUCGUCGGUGAAGGUCACAAGGUAGACCCCGUUGUUAAAGUUGACCGCGUCCUUGCGCCGAAGGCUACCAGACGCGACUUCGCGGCUUAUUAUUCCAAAUGGUCAAACCUCAAGGUGCUCAUCGGUACUUCCUACUCUUGGUUCGCUCUCGAUAUUGCGUUCUACGGCCUCGGCUUGAACUCCUCCAUCAUUCUCUCCGCGAUCGGUUUCGGUGCACCCGAUAAGAGCCUGACGGGCACUGCUGCUGUGUACCAGAACCUCAAGAACAUCUCCGUCGGUAACCUCAUCCUUGUCGUCGCCGGCCUAAUUCCUGGUUACUGGGCCACUUUCCUCUUCGUGGAUAGCUGGGGACGUAAGCCGAUUCAGUACAUGGGCUUCAUCGUCCUCACGAUUCUCUUCGUCAUCAUGGGAUUCGCCUAUGACAAGUUGACUGCGACCCCUGCCGCAACGAAGGCUUUCGUAUUCCUUUACUGCCUCACCAACUUCUUCCAGAACUUUGGUCCCAACACGACAACUUUCAUUGUUCCCGGAGAAGCCUUCCCUACUCGUUACCGUUCCACCUCUCAUGGUAUCUCUGCCGCCAGUGGCAAGCUUGGUGCUAUUGUCGCCCAAGUCGGUUUCGCUCGUCUCAAAGAUAUCGGAGGCCCGAGCGCAUUCGUCAAGCAUAUUUUGGAGAUCUUCGCAUUGUUCAUGUUGACUGGUAUCUUCUCAACGUAUCUCAUUCCCGAGACGAAACAAAAGUCACUCGAAGACCUUUCGAAUGAGGAACAAGACGGCUUUGUCGCUGGUCCUGCUCCCAGGGACGAUUCAUUAGCUUGAUAGAUGUCGGUGUUGUAUCAGUAGAGCUCUACAUCUCCCCUCACGUCUUUACAUGUUUUUCGUAUUCUGGAACAACGCCUCCUAUACCUAUGUGCUCCUUGCGUUCUCUGUAAUCCCUUCUGCUGUACGAACGUCCCCGGAAUUUUGUGGAUCGUUACAUGUUGUGCACGCUUUCGUUGGAGGAAGUAUAAAGAGUCGGUGUAAUAUCAUUCGUAGAUAGUUCUUCAUGCCGUAUAAUGAAUGACCUUUGCUGUAUUCUGCCUAUCUGAACUUAUGAUACUCCCAAUAUCCAGAACGGUAUCCU